AUGAGCAAUUUGUUUGAUGAUUAUGGAGAAAGUGACGAUAUGAGCGGAACUUCUGCAAAUUCAGAUCUCAACAAAAACGAAAAACAGAAUGAUGAACUAUUAUAUUUUCGUGAAAAAUGGCAAAAUGAGUUGUCUCUAAGGACUCAGGAAGAAAAAGGGACCCACUCCAAACAAUCAUUUCACACCAGAACUGAACAAGAACCCAAUGAUGCAGAAACUAAAGCUAGACAACUAUUUUUCAAAGGAAUUGAACUGGAAAAAUCUGGGAAAAUAUAUGAAGCUCUUCAGUACUACAGACGUGCAAUUCAAAUUGAACCUGAUAUAGAAAUGAAACUAUAUAACAAAACUAAACCCAAAUAUACUGAAGAAGUCUCAGAACCUCCACAUAAUGAAAGGCUUGAUGAAGAUGAUGGUAGAUCCUCUGAAGAAUCAGAUGAGGAUAAUGAAGAAGAACUUUUGCCAAGGAUACAAAGAAAGCAUCAAGGAAGAACUAGCCUAUGCCUUCCAAAAUUUGAUAGGGGUACAAUACACAUUGGCCAAUUGCCUGUAGAAAUUUUACUUUACAUCCUUAGAUGGGUGGUGUCUGAGGAGCUAGACUUGAGGUCUCUAGAGGCUUUUUCUACUGUGUGUAGAGGGUUUUACCUAUGUGGAAGGGAUCCAGAAAUAUGGAGAUUAGCUUGUUUAAGAAUAUGGAAGUUCAACUGUGGCUCUUCUCCAGGGGAAUACAAAUCCUGGAGAAGCAUGUACAUUGAAAGGCCAAGAGUUCUUUUUGAUGGUUGCUACAUAAGUAGAACCUCUUAUAUUAGAAAUGGUGAAAAUGCAUUUCAAGACCAGUUUUAUCGACCAUGGUAUCUGGUUGCAUACUAUAGAUUGUUGAGGUUUUUUCCUGAUGGUACAGUUUUGAUGCUGACAUCUACAGAAGAACCAGCUCAGUGCAUCAGUUCUAUGAAGGCUAAGAGUGCACGCUAUCCUGUCAUGUCUGGCUACUACAGGUUGAAGGGUGAUUCAGUUAGUCUGGUAGUUCAUAGACAGGAUACUAAAAUGGUGUCCCAAGGACUGAAAAAGGCACAAAAAGAAAUUUCUACACAGACUCAUCACAUGGAGUUUCUAAUCAAACCAAGGCGACGGAAGCACACCCAGCUCGUGUGGGACCGCCAUUCCGUGUUCGUAAAAUCGAAAAAUGGAGACGAGAGUACCUGCAACUUUGAGCUGAUGGAUAACCGUUACCCUCCGCUUAUAUUUUCUCGCGUGAAGAGCUUCUCUGCAGUGUCUGAAAGUCCUCUGGUGUGA